UGCAUGCCACCGAACAGUGGGCAUCGCAUCGUUCUUUGUCUUCGUCUUUGCCGUCGUCUGUUGUCGUUGUCGUCGUUUGGCUGCUGCGUUGCCGGAAUCGAGGUUUUAGUUCGGUUUUAGCUCUGAUUCCGUGUGGACGCUUCGCCCUCGACCAGCGUCUAGUAUCCGUAUCGGUCCGUUUCUUCGAUUUGCGCGUCGCAUGGAGCCCCGCAUACAUAUAUCCGAAUACGCACACGCACACACGCACACCCGCACACAGAUAGAGUGUAUGCACAGUGGAGUCGGCAGCAGCAGCCGCGACAGCGACAGCGACAACAACGCCAAAUUAUCGAGUCUGCGCCAAAAGUGAUGGCAAUUGCGAAUCUUAAAGAGGUUCCCGCUUAUCCCUAAAAACCGCCCAAAAAAAAAAAAGUGGAAAGAACUGUCCCCGCCAGUGCUCGUGCCCGUGCCCGUGCCCGUGCCCCCUCCGUCACACGCACACCAUUUCGGUUACGGGUUCGGUGCCCCUCGUCGUCCGCUGUCGGUACCUCCAUCGCCAUCGCCAUCGUCGUCGUCGUGGUCGUGGUCGUGGUCGUCGGGGGUCAUGUCACAUGUCCUGGUGGCUCCCGCUGCUGUCCUGUGCCUCUGACGCCGCCGCCACCGUUUCGGGGCGGCAGCCGGGAUAAUGUGGCGUUAGGCCCAGAGACUCUUGCGCGAGAAUUGAAAUUCGAAAUUGUUGUGGCAAAGGCAAAGGCAAAGGCAAAGUGGUGCGAGUGUAACACGCCGAGAAACCAAAAUAAAUGUGUGGCAGUGGCAACAGCGGUGACUGCUGCUAGUUAUAGCUUCUAGUUCCAAGUGCAGCGACGACAACAGCAGCAACAUCUGUAGAGACAACAAAAGAAGCCACCACUAGUGUUAGAAUAAAUGGCCUGCAACAUGGCUUUGAAUCCGGUAUUAACACAAGAAGAGGCACACCAGCAACAGCAACAGCAACAUCUGCAACACCAGGAGUUUCAACAACUUCAAUUGCAGCAGCAGCAACAAACCAAAUGGCAGCAACAUGCAACGAAACGUCGACGAUGCCAUCAACAUUGGAUUAAAAAUCUUCAAAUUCUGGGAAUGGCUGUCAUCGCCCUGUCCCUGACCGGCCCCGGCCCUGCCCCCUGCCAUGCCCAGCAGCAAAAGUUCCGCACCACGCCCCACGAUCUGCAAGUACUGGAGGGCGCCGAGGCCAUGAUGCGUUGCGAGGUGACCAAUUUGGCCGGAGCCGUGCAAUGGACAAAGGACGGCUUCGCCCUGGGCUUCUCCGCCGUGAUCCCGGGCUUUCCGCGCUACUCUGUGCUCGGCGACCGGAAGCAGGGCGUCUACAAUCUCCGCAUCUCGAAUGCCUCCAUCAACGACGACGCGGAGUACCAGUGCCAGGUGGGACCCGCGCGCCUCAACUCCGCCAUCAGAGCGAAUGCCAAGCUGACUGUCAUAUCUGCACCCGCCUCGAUCGAGAUCAAAGGUUACGCCCAUAAUUCCAAGGUGGAGGUGCGUGAGAAUCAGGACCUGCAGCUCAAGUGCAUUGUGGCCAAUGCAAAGCCGGCGGCUCAAAUUGUCUGGUAUCGCGGCAAUGUGGAAUACAAGCCAGAAAAACGCGACGAUCUGGUGGAGGAAGCCAUACCGAAACGUUGGACAACUACGUCCAGCCUGAAGCUGAAGCCGGGACCCGAUGAUGACUACACGGAGUACACGUGCCAGGCCAAGCACAAGGCCCUCUCCCCGGACAUGCCCAUGCGUGCCACCGUGCAACUGUCCGUGUUGUAUCCCCCUGGGCCGCCCUAUAUCGAGGGCUAUUCGCAGGGCGACACACUGAGGCGUGGCCAGAGCGUGGAGCUUAUGUGCCGCAGUCGCGGUGGCAAUCCGCCCGCCCAGCUCAUUUGGUACAAGAACGGAUCCCAGAUACGCAUGGCCUACAGAACCGCUGGCCGAUUGUCGGAGAAUAUAUAUGCGUUUACCGCUGAGGCUGGCGAUAACAAGGCCCGCUUCCGUUGCGAGGCGAGCAACGUAAUGUCGCAGACGCCGCUCAAGGCGGAAGUGGAUCUCUCUGUUUUGUUUGCACCCACCCAUGUCACCGUGAUGGGACCCACAGAGGCGCGCGUCGGCGAUAUUGUGCCACUAACAUGCACCACAGCGCCAUCGAAUCCACCCGCUGAGAUCAAAUGGAUGGUGGGCGGACGGCAGGUGCGCAACACCACCUUCAGCAAGACUAUCAGCCCCGAAGGCGGCUGGACGAGCACCUCCAACAUCACCGCCAUCGUGGAGCCCCAUAAACGGUCCCUGGUCGUCAUCUGCCACGGCCUCAAUAUGCAGCUGACGGAAAACGUGGUUUCCACCCACACGAUCAAUGUUCUGUAUCCUCCCGCACCGCCAUUAAUUUCCGGCUAUAUAGAGGGACAAAUUAUCCCGGCUGGCUCUGUGCAAAAACUCCUUUGCGUUUCAUCAGGCGGCAAUCCGUUGGCGACGCUCACGUGGUACAAAAACGACAAGAGGAUCAAUUCCGUAAUACGCGCGGCAGACAAGUCCGUUUCGGCGGAAAUCACCAUCCUGGCGAAUGUGACGGACAAUCAGGCGCAGUACCGAUGUGAGGCCUCCAACAGCGCCACAGAAAUUCCGCUCUUUCAGUCGACCACGCUAAGCGUUCAUUUUGCCCCCGAGACGGUCAAAAUACGCAUUGAACCGGAAGAGCUGCGACCUGGCAUGCAGGCGGCCAUCAUCUGUGACUCCAGCUCCAGCAAUCCGCCUGCAAAGCUGUCCUGGUGGAAGGAUGGCAUACCCAUUGAAGGCAUUAAUAACACGUCCAAGCCGGGCCUCUGGGGCGGCACAGUAUCCACACUGGAGUUCAGGGUAAACAUCACACAGGAAAUGAACGGCGUGGUCUACACUUGCCAGAGCGCCAACGAGGCGUUGCAGCGGAGCGUCCACGAGGCCGUCAGCCUGGAUGUCCUGUAUCGACCCAAGUUCGUGCCGCCGCCCUCAUCGACAGCCGUCGGCGUGGAGGGCGAGUCGCUGCAGGUGGCGCUCCAGACGAAGGCCAAUCCGACGGCGGUGGAGUACAAGUGGACCAAAGAUGGAGCCACGAUCCCGCAGGGCGGCGAGCACCGCAUCUUUGCGGACGGCGGCAGUCUCAAUUUCUCGCGCCUCCAUCGCGACGAUGCGGGGGUCUACUCCUGCAGCGCCAGCAAUACGCAGGGCAAGGCCAUGCUGAACAUCACCGUGGUGGUGGAAUAUGGCACCAGCAUCAAGACGGUGUCGGAGAACAUCAUCGUGAAUCCCGGCGAGGAGGCGAUGCUCUCGUGCAGCGUCGAGGGCAAGCCGCUCACCGAGGAGCAUGUCAAGUGGGAGCGCGUGGGCUACGACAUGACCGUCAAGACAUCGACGACCUUUGCCAACGGCACCUCCUACCUGCACCUCAAGGAUGCCCAGCGCGAGGAUGUGGGCAAUUUUCGUUGUGUGGCCGACAAUCGCGUGGCCAAUCCCACCAACCGCGAUGUCCUGCUCGUGGUCAAGUUCGCACCGGAGAUUACCAAGUCACCGACCAUGAUGCGGGCGGCCAGCGGCACGGGGGAGCGGGGCAGGCUGCCGUGCCGUGCCCAGGCAUCGCCAAAGCCGCAGUUCAUCUGGCGGCAGGACAAGAAGGAUCUGCCCAUCAAUCGCACCUACAAGUACGAGGUGGAAGAGCGAAAGAUAGACUCCCUGACCUACGAGUCCACCCUCAUCGUCGACAAGGUGGCCCCCGCCGACUAUGGGGCCUACGAGUGCAUUGCCCGCAACGAGCUGGGCGAGACCAUCGAGACGGUGCGACUGGAAAUCACCUCCCAGCCGGAUCCACCGCUCAGCCUCAACAUACUGAAUGUGACCCAUGAUGCCGUCACUGUGGCCUGGACGCCUGGCUUCGAUGGCGGUCUAAAGGCCUCCUAUCGUGUGCGCUAUAGAAUCGUCGACCGAGAGCAGUACAAGUACAUUGAUGGGCUGCCGAAUAGCCACAAACUGACCAUCGCAGGACUACGCAUGGAUACGCUCUAUCUGUUCUCGGUGAUGGCAUGGAACGAGCUCGGCCAGAGCGCCUACCUGCCGGACCUGACGCGGGCCCAAACCAAAGAGGCGCCACCGCCCUCACAGCCAGCAUCCUCGUUGGGUGGCGGGCCACCUACCACCAGUCAGACCCCAUUGGGCGGUACAUCGGCCAUGCUGCUGGUCGGAGUCGGUGCCGGCAUUGUUGUUGUGCUGCUCAACGUGUUUGUCAUCGGCUGUUGUCUGCACAAACGGAACGAGAAGCGGCUCAAACGUGGACUUGAACUGAUGCCAGCGGAGUUAACCGAGAACUCGGCGACGGGAAAUAUACCGAACCUGGUCAUAAUUGGCAUCUCUCUGGCGGCCUUUGGGUUUCUUCUGGUGAACGCCGCACUGGUUGCCUGGUUCUUUGUGCACCAGCGUCGCAAGAAAGUGUCGGAAACUACAAAUCAACCAGGAAAAACGGCAACCAUCGAGAUGUACGCGCCCAGCUCGUAUAAUGACACCGUCACCGGCGAGACGCUGUCCAGCGUUUCGGAGAAGAGCGAGUCCUACUCGAAUGAGGGCGGCAGCCAGCCGGAAUAUAUUGAUGAGGCACGCAAGAAGGCUGCAUCAACAUAUCUGGUGGAGGGUGCGGAUAUGCCACCGCCCAGAUAUCAAAAGGAUGGCACCCUGCCAGUAUUAUAUCCGAACAAUAUUGUGAAUGCCUGCACUUUGCCACAUCCGAGGCACAACAAUGGCAACGCCACCGCCAUCCACAUGAGCCGGGAUGAUCAGAUGCUAAUCAGCAAGGGCAUUUAUAUACCGUCCCCGUCGCCAGCGCCGCCGCCAGAUGGCUCCUACUAUAACAUGAACAGCGACAGAUAUCUGUCCUAUCCGCCGAUGGAAUAUCCAGCAGCCCUGGACUUCAGCGCCGCCCCACCGAUGUCCAUGGCCCAUCUGCAGCCCAUUACAGUGACGUCACAGGCGGCGGCGCUCCUGUCCAGCAAUGGCGGAGCGACGCUCAUCGGUAACGGAACGGCCGGAGGCUCGGGCACACUGAGACGGGGCAUACUGCGCGGUGUACCCCAGCCGGAUGUCACCCACCACACGACGGCGGUCAGCGGCAGUCCCAUGCAGAUGCUGCACGACCUGCAUCCUGUCAAUCUGAGCGCCACCACCCUCACCACGAGCACCAUGCUCAACGGCAGCAUGACGACGGCUGCGGCCACGAGCACGCUGCCCCGCCAGCCCCACGGCAUCCUCAAGGAUCCGAACCGCAGCAAGCAGCAGCAGCAUCAGCAGCAGCAGCAGCUCCAGCAGCAGCACCAUCUGCAGCAGCAACAUCAACAGCACCAGCAUCAGCAGCUUCUGAACGCCAGCCUAGUGGGCGUGGGUGUGCCCGUCUCCGCGCCCAUGGGCAGCCUGCAGAUACUCAAUCUGCCAGCGCAGGGUGGUGGAAUGGGCAGCAACCUGCUGAUGACCACCAGCGCCACCUACGACCCCACGGGAGCGGCCAUGAGCAGCUUCAACGGGGGAGCCGCCGUCUCUGCUGCCUCCGCCAGUGGCAUCCCAGUGGCCUACACGGAUGCGGACGGGCAUCUCGUAUAGCUGUAGGCUGGGGCUGGUGUCACAAUCGCCACCAGCAGGAGCGGCAGCGGCAGUCCCCCUGAGUCCCGGUACUAGUGCCCCAAACGAGGAACGGGGGCACGGGCACACAGCUUUGAAGUUAACCUAUCGUCAACCUACCUAACAUAUACAGAAUAUAUAUCUAAGCGAUGUAGUUUAGGAGCUUUCUCUUCGGGUGGGGUCCAGUGUCUCCGCAUAGUCCCUGGCUCCAGGCAGCGGUUGUCCAUCCCUGUCCAUCCUAGAGGCCAGGACAGCUCUAACGUUCCUUCCAUUACCUUAUUCAAAUCAGCCAACGAAUUAGUUUAUGUAAAUUUUAUCCAAAUUUUUGUUACUCUCUUUCUUCGUUAAAGCCCCAGCAGCCCAGACCAGCCCCAACAACCCGCCCACUCAAUGGUUGGGUGUUUAUUUAGAUAAGGAAAGCGGCGGCAGCAUGGGUGGGGGUGGCAUUUGGGAGUGAGCAUAAUUUUGCAGAGAGUUUUACUAAUUAGCCGGCAGCAGGAAUAACAAAAACUCUCAACAGAGAGGCGCAAAGGCAGUGGCAGUGGUAGUGGCAGCACCAAAGGGGCAGGAGGGAAGUGAAAAUAAUUUGAAAUUUUCUUUAGUGGAACGCGAAACGGUCCAAAGCCGUUUGACAGCUCCCUGGGGCGUGCUCGGGGCUCAAGUCGACUGGGCACGUGAUUGCCCUGGACGAACGGCAAACAGCACAGCAGAAGCAGCAUCGGCAUCGGCAUCGGCAUCGGCACCGGUGCCGGCCAUGGUCGCCAAAAGUUGAAGGUUGACAGCCGCUAGCUGGGCUGCUCCCCAGCUCCUGAAAAAUAUUGACAGGCCGCCUCUCUUGACUAGACGGACACCCUGGCGAAACAGGAUUCACAGAGUUAUGUUGAACAGGAAUGUUGUUUGUAGUAAAAGUUUCUGGUUCAAAAUCCUAGACAACAAGGCGGCUUCCCUCUAUUCAUCUUCUGAAAUAUAAAGAAAAAUAAAGAUUUAAUAUCUUUCUCUAUAUUUUGAUAUUCCAUUAUUAUCAGUUCAUAUAUAAAAGGUAAAAGGUAUAUUCCUCUUUUAUCCAAUUGCCGUUGAAGAAAUGUUGAAGAAGGUUGUAGGAGUGUAGGAGCCUUGAAAUUCAUUAUUCAGACUCUUCUGUAAACACAUUCAUGGCAAAAGAUACUUAUAUCCCAGAUACCCAGAUGGAAAGGCUCCUCUGCCACGCCUUCAGUCGCAUACAGAAGCAUUCUCUGGGUCUAUCCUUCAGAAGGCAUUCAUCGAGUACUAGUCGGAGUGGAGUGGAGUGGCUUUUGCCGCACAUAAACAGUUUUCAUUUGCCACUCGUCGCAGUUCAGCGAGCGUGACAUGGGGAGAAUCCUUGGAUGUGGAUGUGGGAGUGGAAGUGGGAAGUGGAAUUGGGAAUGGGGAAGGGGAAACUAGAAUUAGAACUGAGAAUCGGAAUCGGAAUGGGGAUGGGAAUGUGCACAACGACGCCCAUUAGCUGUGGCAUUGAAGACAAUCUGAGAAUUUCUAGGACCCGUUUGAAGCCUUGUUGAGGCGAAAGCAUAAAACACACGCUGUCUGCUCUUCCUUCUUGAAUGCCAGUUGCUUUGGCUUUGACUUUGGCUUUGGCUUUGUAGCUCUCGAGAUCUCCAAGCAUCGGGGAUAAUUGCUUCAGCUCCAGCUCCAGCUCCAGCUCCAGUUCCAAUUCCAACUCCUUGAAACAUAGAGAUAGAGCGAGUGUGUGUGGAUUUUAAUAUUCAUUUAGAUGUAAUUGCUGGAGCGGGAUCUCAAUGCAGCUCCUCCCACUUCUGCGGUGGAUUAUCACAAAUGAAUAACUGCUCUCUGCUCUGAUUUGGGGGAAUUUCAAGAUGGUGGGCCAGAAGAGAAGAAGGAGACCCAAGGAAAACUCGCUUGAGUGUGUAAUUAAAAGUGAAAUUAUCUUUGAAAUUAACGCAUAGACAAAGGGAAAAGAAAACCCCCACAAAGACAAAGGGGGAAUCUUCCAAAAGUUGCUGAAAAACGAAAGAAAAAGAGACCCAGAAAAAGAAAUGAAGAAAAAUGUGCGAAAUGCUGCAAAUGGAAUUAAGAAUUAAAAUGAAGCCGCUAUUGUAUGAGUCUCUCUGUGUGCGUGUGUGUGUAUCUGUGUAUCCACCACGCCCACACAUUGUACGUAUAUUCAUUUCUGGUGGGGAUUUCCGCUAUUGAAUAAUUGUGAUUGCAGUUGCCGCAGAUAAAAGUUAAAUGAGCAGGAAAAUUCGGGGAAUUAUAAUGGUGGGUGGGUGAGGUCAUUACCUGUUGUUAAGGUCAGGAAUUCAAUUUUUGAGCACAAGGAAAAAUGAAUAUGGAACCAUAUGCUGCCGCCAACCAGAGACAGAGACAGAGACAGACCCAGAGCCAGGGGCUUGGGAGGACUUGGGACAUCGCGACUCUCUCUACAACUUAUAGAUACGUGUAUUGUAUAGCUUAUUACCCAUCUCUUAGUGCGGCCAAAAUUGCAUUAACAAUUAGCAUUUACUCGCAACUCGUGUACGUGUGUGUGAAACGAUUAGGAUUUAUAUACAUAUAUCUAAGUAGCUAAGAACCGCAGAAGAAACCGAAUUCAAUGUCAGAACUACUCUCAUCCAAUCAGCAAGCCAAAAAACACGACAACAAAAAAAAAAAAAAGAACACAUUUUUCCAAUUGUAACAUACUACGAGCGAUUAACGAUUAAAUAUAAACGAUUAACGAUUAACUAUAAACGAUUAACGAUAAAGAAAGGAUAAAUGCAGGUAUAUCAAUACACACACACACACACACACA